AUGAAGAAAGGAAAUAGUGGACCUAGCAGUAGCCGAUCUACCACUGAUAAAACCGUGGUUUAUUGGUUUUGUGAAUCUUGUGCACGAGCUAAUGAACCAAAGUAUGACAUAGCAUGCAGGACUCACUUCUCUGAAAAAGUUAUACCCAAGUUAUAUGAGGACACGAAGUCUGGAGUAUCUGCAGCUGUUAAGACUGCCAUUCUCCAAGAUCUUAGACCGAGAUACAUAGAUCCCGAGAUCCUGCUUUUCCUGAGGGAAAGUUCAUGCUUAGAUCCAGGAUUUAAAGUUAGGCCAUUCAUCACUGAGGAUGAUAGGCAGGAUUUGUUCACUUCCAAAGUUCAGAAGGUUCAACACCUGCAAAAUACAGUCAAAGGAGACAUGAUGGCUUUUGGUGAUUGCAUAGUAGUACUUCUCUUUACGAUAACCUGUAUUCAUGCGGAAUCACGAUGCAUACCGAAUGCCGAUUGCUUUUAUACGUUUGAGACAGCCCCCACCGCUGAUUGCUCAUCACUAAAUCUUCAACUUCCUCCUUGUUUCGAUAGUUCUUCAAAUAUAACUCACGUAAACCUGAGGAAAAAUAGCUUGACAAGAAUUCCAAUCAAUUUACCACCGACACUGGAAUAUCUUGAUUUAUCACAUAAUAGAGUUACUUUAGGUGAUUCGCCAGUGUUACAUACCAUAUAUAGACGAUUAAAAUACCUCAAUUUAGACAGCAAUAGAAUUAAAAAUCUUACUUCCUUAUUUGUGAUAUCGAACAUGUCAAAUUUAGAAUUCUUGUCUCUCAAAGACAAUAGUUAUAGCAGGUACACCAAAUAUCCAAACAACUGCCUUCGUGGAUUAGAAUCAUUAUUUCAUCUCAGAAUUGAUGGAGUUGGAGAGGGAAACUUUGGAGACAUAUUUUUAGAAGAUAAAAUUGGCUUAAAAUUAUUGGAUGCAUCUGGCAACUACGGUGUGUGCGACAUUUCUCACUUGAGGCCGAAUAUUUUGAAAAAAUUCAAUUUAACAUAUCUUGAUUUAUCCUUUUGUAAUAUCAAAUCUAUUGAAAUCGGGGUUCUUGAUACUCAAACAUUCAUGCAAUACUUAAAUGUUUCACACAAUCCAUACCUCGGUUUUAGAGGGCUUGCAAAUAUCUCUAAAGACCUUCAGAGUAGUGCGAUCAAAGUACUUAAAUUCAACAAAAUACACUGUACUUUUGGACUAGGCACUAUCCUGCUACUUAACCACACAAAUUAUCUUCAAAAUACAACACUAGAAGAAUUAUACCUGGACAGCAAUAGGUUGGAAAUAAUAGAGAGUGGAGUAUUACCAAUUUUACCCAAAACACUGAAGCUUUUGUCUGUCGCAGACAACAAAGUAGAUAAUGGCCUGUAUGUUUUACAAGCGGGAUCAAUGCCAAAUCUGGAGAUUUUGAAUGUUAGUUUCCAAAUACAUUCUCAUACCACGUAUUUCGAUGGUUGCUAUGAUUACUCGGAUUCCUGUCAUAUUGAUCCAGAAGUUGCUCUUAAAUUCCAUAACUGGAGUCAACAACUAGGAUAUGUUGUCACAUUUUACUUACCAGUGAAGCUAAAGAGGCUCUACGCAAACAAUAUGAAAUUUCAAUAUCAUAUUGGAGAAUUGCAUUUCAACAACUGUAAUUUGGAGUUUGCACAUUUUCAAAACAAUUAUUUUGUUCAAAUUCAUGGUCCAGUAUUUGGUUGUGAAAAUGCCAGAUACAUAGAUUUAUCGAACAACUUUUGUUCAUACAUUUCAGCUCAAGCGUUGAAAUUUUUACCAAAUUUAAAUAUUUUGAAUAUUUCACAGAAUCAUCUCGGUAACAACUUGGAAAAGGAUAUAAACGGUGAAAUAUUCGGAAAUAAUAGAAACUUAAGACUCUUGAAUUUACACGAUAAUAAAAUAUAUGUUUUACCAGAAAACCUUUUAAAAAAUAACUCAAAUAUACAAAUACUCAAUAUUUCAUACAAUAGAAUGGAGAAAUGGACAGUAGAUAUACGUCAUAUGUUUCAACUUCAACUUCUUGACCUAUCAUACAAUCUCUUGACUGAACUAGACGAAACAGCUGUUAAUUUAUUGCCACAGCAUAAUAAUUUUACAAUCAACCUUUUAGGAAACCCCUUGGUCUGUUCGUGUGCAAGUCAGUCCUUUUUUGAAUGGUUAAAUCUACACCAUCACGCUAGAUUUAUGUAUUUGCAAAACACAACAUGUUCUUACAUGGAUGGUUCUCAACUUUCUCUUCGCGAUAUAUCCGAUAUUGUGAAGAUGCUACAAAAGAAUUGUUCAUCAUACACUCCACUUAUAAUUGUGACAUCAUCAUUUAUUUUCUUCUUCUUAAGCGUAACAAUUUAUAGAAUCAUCUAUCGCUACCGAUGGACGAUUUUCUACAUCUACUACCUCACAAAGCGAUAUGUUUUUCCGAAGGUCAAACAAUCGCAGAGAAAGGUUUUCUACGAAUACGAUGCCUUUAUCUCCUAUGCAGAAAAAGACAGAAGCUUUGUUUUUAAUCAAAUAAGAUUAAUGGAGAAUGGUGAAAUGAAGUUCUGCAUCCAUGACCGUGAUUUCAUUCCAGGAAUUGAUAUCGCUGAAAACAUCACGAACUCUAUUCACAACAGCAGACGAAUAGUAUUUGUAAUGACGUCACAUUUUUUGAAAUCUUAUUGGUGUAUGUUCGAGUUAAAUAUGGCGCGAAUGGAGAGCAUCUACUCCCGAGGGGGAGAGAACAUUCUUUUGUUAGUUUUAUUGGAAAACCACAUCGUUCGAGAAAUGCCAAUGUCUCUCCUUCACGUCAUUGAAAGUCAAUCAUAUCUAGAGUACCCAGAUGGAGAUAAUUUUGGAAAUAUAGACAUUUUUUGGAGAAAUUUUAAAGAUGCCAUUAGAGAUAACCAAUAAUUUAG